GGGAAAUCUUAGGCAGAUUGCCGAGUAGAUUUACGCCAUCGUUUCUAAUCGUCAGCAAACGCAAGGUGAGUAGAAAAUAGCUUCACCUUUGGCUUUGCAGACCGUCAUUUCUCUUCGUGCUUUUGAAACAGGUUAUGGUUAAGUAUAUUUUCAAACUGCAAGAAGUACCACGACCACAAGCUUGGAGGUUUUUGUUUAUCUUCGAUUAGAUUUUCUGCAGCGUCAUUGUGCAGCUGCAUUUUCUAGUAGAAACAACUAGAAGAAUUAUUUUUCUUUGCUAGAAGAUCUACCAGAGACAUCAAACUCAGAGAACCACAACCAGACUAAAACCAUGGCGUCAAGACGGAGUCCCUUGGACUUCACGCAAGGCGUGGUUGGGAAGCCAGUAGUCGUGAAGCUCAACAGCGGAGCCGACUUUCGUGGGAGCUUGGUGUGUUUGGAUGGGUAAGGAUCGCUGGUGGUUAGAGCUGCUAGGACAAUGUAGCUUGAAUCAAUGACUCGACGUUGAACUUGAAGAAAGAGUAGUACAUACUAGUUACAAGUAAGCGUUGUAUUAAAGAGCAGUUACAAAAAAUAUGCAUAUUUUUACAACAGCAACUAUUUAUUACAGAUAUAAGCAUAUUGCAUUUACAACUACAACUAGUUUAUUCACUCGGUCGACUGAUGAAAAAUAUCUACUAGGUACAUGAACGUUGUUCUGGCGCCUGGAAGCACCGAAUACUCAAGUGCUGGCGCGCGUGUUGCGCGACACUCAAACGAUUGUUUCCUUAGAGGCAACAAUGUGCUGUACAUAUCCGCGGAUAAAGAGGUUGUUGUGUAA